AUCUGCGGACGGUUUCUUUGUGCAUACUAAACGCAGGAUUUUAUUUGUCGCUUGAUGCCGAAGAGGCUUAGCUAACCAUUACUCUCGUUGUCUCUUCUCGAUCAGAAAUCACCAAAUCAACCAUGACUCUUUAGAAACAAGCUGCUAAAGUGCCAUAUAACUGCGUGUAUUUCAAGAAAAUGACUUUUGCUUUCAAGGGAGGGCUACUUUUAGCGUGUGUUGUUUUAAACUCAGUAGCCUUGAAGCCGAGAAGUAGAAGAGAUGUUUACGGCAACUCAUGGGUGGUCUACGUCGAGAGAGAAAAGCGAUUUGUCGACGAUUUAGCAGAGAGGAAUGGUUUUAUAAACAGAGGAGAGAUUGCAGGCUUCAGCGGACACUAUUUGCUUGAACACAAAACUCUUGGAAGGCGCCGCUUUCGACGGGAUGCUGCGGAACACACAGGCAAUCUCUUGCGUGAGCCUCAUGUAAAAUUUGCUCUGCAGCAGAAGAUUUUGAGAAGAACUAAACGGGGAUAUUUUUUAGACCCUUACUAUAAAGAUCAAUGGUAUUUGAACAACUCAGGACAAACUAUAGGUCCACGAGGAUUUGAUAUUAAUGUUGGUCCAGUAUGGCGUAAAAACAUCACAGGGCGUGGUGUUGUGGUAACUAUUUUAGAUGAUGGUAUUGAGUACACUCAUCCAGAUCUUCGGAACAAUUAUGAAGCAAAGGCUAGCUGGGACUUUAAUAGUCAUGACAGUGAUCCAAUGCCUCGUUAUAGCAGAGAUAACCUCAACAAACACGGCACAAGAUGCGCCGGUGAAGUCGCAGCCAGUGUCAACAACAACAUGUGUGGAGUAGGUGUAGCCUAUAACUCGCGCAUAGGAGGUGUGCGAAUGCUUGAUGGUGAUGUCACCGAUGCCAUUGAGGCGUGGUCGUUAGGCCUGGCUAGAGACUUCAUUGACAUCUAUAGUAGCAGCUGGGGUCCUGAUGAUGAUGGCCGUACUGUAGAUGGCCCUGGCCCUAUGGCCAAGAAAGCCUUUAGAGAAGGUAUCAGAAAAGGACGUGGUGGGCUAGGAGCCAUCUUUGUCUGGGCGACAGGUAAUGGUGGACAUUAUGAUGACUAUUGCAGCUGUGAUGGUUAUAUCACAAGCAUUUUCACUGUGUCUAUCGGUGCUGUCAAUGAUCGUGGCAAGUCUCCGUGGUAUGCUGAACCUUGUCCAUCAACUCUUGCUGUUACCUACAGCAGUGGCGAAACGCAAGGCCGACAAGACAAGCAGAUUGUUACAACUGAUUUACAUCACUCUUGCACAAAAAGCCACACAGGGACUUCAGCCGCUGCUCCUUUGGCUGCAGGUAUAUUUGCCUUGGUGCUGGAAGCUAAUCCAAAACUAAGCUGGAGGGAUCUGCAGCAUCUUGUAGUCAACACCUCACAAAUGACUGAUCGCACAGACAAAGGUUGGCAGAAAAAUGGUGCUGGGCACAAUGUUAACCACAAGUAUGGUUUUGGGGUUCUAGACACUGCUGCUCUGGUAACAGCUGCUACUUCUCCCAGCUGGAAAACUGCUACUGAGCAGCACAUGUGCCGAGAGCGAGAUCAUACUGACAACCUGAAAAUUCCUGCUCGAGGGACUUUGACAUCUUCGAUUGUUAGCACCGGUUGUGCAGGAAAGACAAACUGUGUUAUGAAACUUGAACAUGUAAGAGUGUAUGUCACGCUGAAUCAUAAAUCCCGGGGAUCAUUGCGAAUUGUUUUAACAUCACCCGCUGGUACUCGGUCGGAGCUCUUGGCUCCUAGGGAUAGGGAUUAUUCAAGCGAUGGCUUCCAAAACUGGCCCUUCAUGACUGUGUUUAGCUGGGGUGAAAACCCAGUGGGAACCUGGAAGAUAGAGGUUACUGAUACCAAGGGUGUAAUGGGAGAGUUUAAAAAGUGGUCCAUUAGGCUUUAUGGUACUUGUGAAGACCACCGUAAUAUCACUCCAGCUGACUCUGAACUGUGUAGCAAGAAUUGCAAGAAAGGAUGCCAAGAACCUUUCAACAAAUUUUGCCCCAACUGUUCAAUGUAUUGUCAUUGUGAUGGUGGUGAAUGUUUGCCACUGUGCAACCCUGAUGAUGAAGUAAAUCAAGAAACAAAGGAAUGCCGCAAGAGUUUAACGUUUGCACUUGAAGAGGAUGAGGAGCUUGGUACUUCUGCACCCACCAAAGACGUUACUUUACAUCAAGAGGGUAUAUCUACAUUCAUGAAGUUGCUCAUCAUCUUCAUUCUUGUAGCUGUCAUUUUAACUGCUGUGUUGAUUGUGUGGCACUUUAAAAUAAGUCGCAAAGUUUGCUGGGCAAAUCCCGAUAAGAUUGCCAAGCACAGCCGAUCAACCUCCCAAACAAAUGUUGGCUAUUGGCCAGUCUCUGUGACACCGGAGGUGAAUAAUCAGAACUUAAAAGGACUUGGAAACAUACAAAUGUAGUUUUCUAGUUUUAUUGCAAAUUAUUGUAUAGCAGCUGAAUUGUGUUACAGUGUACUUAGCAAGGGAAUGAAAGUCAAAAGUAAUUCAACCACACUGUCAGGGAAAUUGAGAGUAGAUUCAGCUUCUGUUGACUUUUUCACUCCCAUGACUUCCAAAGUUCAAACUGAAAAAAACAAGAAUCAAUUUCAGCUUUGAAUUUUAGCUUUGAAUACUACAGGGAUAGUAUGGUUGACUUUGCUAUCUUGAAUUCUUUAGGGAAGCAUAAAAUAGUUCUAAAAAGCAGGGUUUGAGAUUGAAAAAGAAAAGUGCAUGAUAGUGUUAUAUUUGAGAUAGGUGCAGUUCAUCAUAGCCUAGGUCAAGAUAACAUGGUUCCACUUUACUGCUUAACAUCUUUGCUUUGAAUAGUCACGCACACUACCUUCUCUUACAGAGUUCAACAGAAGUACCACAUUCUUUGAAUAUUUCAUUAUUGAGAUUGGGAGUGAAACCCAAAUUUGGGGACAGUUUAAGUCAAGUUAAAACCUCUCUCAGAUUGAUGUUUGUGGUCAAUGUUAUUGCUUCCCUGAAACCAAAAAUAAGAAUAGACUUAAUCUUUUAUGACAUUAUUGUAGUUACAUUUAUUUUGGUUGUACAUAACAUUUUUUGCAAUUAUGUGAUUUCUUUUUUUAUACAGUGGUUGAGAACACUGAUUUUGCACUUCAAAUGGUUAAUAUCAUUGUUACAUGUAUGUUGUGACAAAACCAAUGAAACAAAUUAUCGCUUCAGAAUUUUACUUCUAUGAUGUUCCUUGUGACCAUUCUUUCCAAAUGUUACUGUUAAAAAUUCUUUCAGUAUACAGGUAUUGUUGAGGGGGGAGGGAUUGUUCCAAAAAGUUAAAAAGUAACAGGUUUUUCUAUCAUUCAUUGCCACUUUUUUAAAGAUAUCUUUCUUUUAAUUUCGCAUUUACCCUUGAGGAGUAACCUGUGCUGUGGACCUUUGCAAAUUAAUGUCUGUAAAAUUGUUCCUUUCCAAACUGAAGCGCUACAGGUCUAUCUUUACAGUACUUGACAAUGAUUGCCUC